AUGGAGCCGGCAGCGCUCGGCCGCCUCCAGCGCCUCCUGCCCGCCGCCCCGUGGGCUCCGCGCCCCGGCCUUUCUUUUACGCCGUCCCGCGGUGGGCAGACAGCCGGCGGCGGAGCUUCGCGGGCGCGCCGAGACCUGUACGAGGUGCUGGGCGUCCCUUCUACGGCGACGGCGGCGCAGAUCAAGACGGCGUACUACGAGCAGUCGUUCCGGUACCACCCCGACCGCAACGCCGGCAGCGCCGCCGCCGCCGCCCGUUUCAGCGCCAUUAGCGAGGCUUACCGGGUGCUGGGCAGCGCCGUGCUGCGCCGAAAGUACGACCGCGGCCUCCUCAGCGACGAGGACCUGCGUGACGCCCCCAAGCCCUCGGACCGGCCUGCCGCCGCCAGCUCGCCGGCGUCGCGCCCGCGAGCGCCUCCCGCGGCUCCCCGUGGGCCCGUCCCGCCGCCCUUCAACUUCGACGCGUUCUACCGGGCGCACUACGAGGAGCAGCUGGAGCGGGAGCAAGUGCUGCGGGCGCGGCGGGAGCAGCUGCGCCUCCGCCGGGAGGAGGCCGCGACCCAGGGACGCUUCCGGCUGCUCAUAGAUGCCUCGAUCGGAGCCGUCUUUUUCCUGGCUUUUGCCGUUCUCUACGGCUUAAAGUGACAGCGGGGCUAUGCUGUCCCUGGCGCGCCCACCUUGCUGCCCUGCUGCGAUGGGAUGGAGUGUCACCAGUGGGCACCCACACAGCUGGCAGGCACCAUGUGCAGGGUCUGCUCGGCAGGCUGUGGCAUUUCCUCUCUGCCGGUGUGACCUUCAGACACGGUACGUGACCAGUGGGCUUCAUGUGUUAGGCUCUGCGUCUUGGGCCGAGAUAUGUCUCAGUGUGACCUUCAGAGACAGCACACAACCAGCCAGCUCUCUGUGUGGGCUCAGCUCCGUGGCCUGUGACCCUCUGCUUGCCUGAUCUUCAAACAUGAAGUGCAACUGGCGGACACAGUUCCGUAGCUGU